UUUUAUUCUGAAAUUCAAACGAACGGAAAGGAUUGGGGAAAAUCCUUCACUGAGCAUGCGCGACACCCAUCUGCUAUUUACGCGUGUUUAGAAUAACACAGAUCUUGUUGUAGGAGUUUUACCAACCCUCUUAAACUGUUUAUCGUAAAUAUCGUGUAUGUGUGUUUGGACUUUUAAUACAAUUCAGUGAACCCAGGAGACGCGUUUUAGAAGGAAAAGGCUGUCUUUUAAAGAAGGCUAAGUAGCUAGCUUAGCCUCUGCACCUAUAAGAAGCAGCAUGGCCGCUAUGCUGGAGCUGGUUGCUGGAAGCUAUGAGCAGGUCAUCUUUGGCUACCAUGUGAAAACUGACGAGAAAGAGUGGACAGCCACAGCAGACUUCACCCAUCACGCCCACAUUGCAUCAAUAACAGCUGUGGCAGCCAGUGAGAGGUUUGUUGUCACGGGGAGCAAAGAUGAGACCAUACAGCUGUAUGAUAUGAAGAAGAAAACUGAGCAUGGUGCUUUGCUGCAUCACGAUGGUACCAUCACCUGCCUGGAGUUUUACGGAACAACUCAUUUACUGAGCGGAGGAGAGGAUGGACUCAUCUGUGUGUGGAGCACGAAGAAGUGGGAGUGUCUGAAAACUAUUGGAGCUCAUAAAGGCCACGUGACAUCGCUGUCUGUCCAUCCAUCAGGGAAACUUGCACUUUCAGUUGGUACAGAUAAAACUCUCAGAACGUGGAAUCUAAUCAAUGGAAGAUCAGCUUUUAUCAAAAACCUAAAGCAGAAUGCUCACAUUGUCAGGUGGUCGCCAGACGGGGAUAAAUAUGUGGUGAUAGUAAAUGACAAUGUAAAUAUUUACGACCUAGAGACAGCGUCUGUAACGGGAACAGUCACAAACCCCAAAAGGAUCUCGUCUGUGACCUUCUUGAACAACUCCAUCCUGGUUGUCGCAGGAGACGAUGAAACUGUGAGGUUAUGUGACACUGUAAAACAGAAAUGGUUGUGUGAGUUCAAGGCCCAUGACACCAGGGUGAAAGCAGUCGACAGUUUUAAUAUGGAUGAUUACUGUGUGAUAGUGACGGCUUCAAACGAUGGAUUCAUCAAAAUGUGGAGGCUCCAACUCAAAGAGGAGCUGGAGGCCCCCUCGCUCCUCGUGGAGGUAAACACGACAGCCAGACUCACGUGUCUCGCUGUGUGGAAACCGUCUUCGGUUCAGCAGACCUCGGAAAAGACGGAAGCUGAGGCGACAACGUCUGAAGAAUCUGCUCAAGCCCUUUUGAGGAAGAAAAGAGUCACAAUUGCGACAGAGCAAGUUGUUAUGGAGGACGAAAGCAAACCCAAAAAGAAGAAAAAAGGAGGUGGAAAAUAAAACGGCAAUGAAAAACAAAGUUUGUUAUUCAGUGACUGUUUUAAAGAUGGUUGUUGGUCCGAUGUACUUCCCACAAUAACCAGGAAUUGCUGAUAUAUUUUUUGAGAUACAUAUUUUUGCCCUCCACCAUAAAACAAAUGGGCAAUAAUAAAUAAAAGCUUUUCUAAUCCUAA